CGCAACUCUCCGUAUCAAAAUAAGGAAGAGGCUAAUGGAUAAUAUAGCUACAACCAGAGAAAAAAAUAUAAAAAAUCUGCAUGUAUUACUGUAGCUAGCUACAUGAUAACUUUAUUUAUUCCACGUUUAUUUCCUAGCCUAGUUAAAAACGUAUUUUAUUUAAUAUGUAUUUAAAUAUUGUUUGUUUUAUUUUCGUAAAAUAGCUAGCUAUGCUGUUGCUACCGAGGCUAGCUAGUUAGCAGCGGUGCUAAUAGAUUAAAAUGAUGCAGAACAUGUUUCGGACCGGGUUUCUGGUUCGGGCCACACACACCCUGCUCACUUGGGUUAUAACCCUCAUACUGUUCCUGCACAACACCGAUUUGCGGAAGUGUGAGGAGCGAGGCGAGCUGUUGCUGCCAGUUCUAUUCUUCCUCCUGGUCGUGCUGUCGGUGCUCUUAUACUUUGCUGUUUCUUUAAUGGACCCUGGCUUCGUUCUCGCUGACAGUGUCAAGGGUUCAAAUGAGGAAAUGGAGUCGAUGAUUCCUCAGUCUUCGACCCCUCGGCUGCGGCGCUGUGGACAUUGCCUGCUGCAGCAGCAGCCAAUGAGAGCGAAGCACUGUCAGACGUGUAAACACUGCGUUCGUCGCUUCGACCACCACUGCCCCUGGAUCGAGAACUGCGUGGGAGAGAGGAACCACCGCUGGUUCAUCGUCUACCUGCUGGUGCAGCUGCUCGCUCUUCUGUGGGCGCUUCACAUCGCCCUGUCUGGCAUCUCACCCAGCCUCACAUGGGCGCUGUGGUUCAGAGUGAACGGGUUCCUGUUGGCGGCGCUGGCUGUCGUCGGUGUCUUCUCUGUGGUGGCGGCGAUGCUGCUGGGCAUCCACCUUUACCUGGUCUCCAUCAACUGCACCACCUGGGAGUUCAUGUCACGUCACAGGAUCGCGUACCUGAAGAACUGCGGCGACGAGGAGAACCCGUUUGACCGCGGAGUCUUCUGCAACAUGUGGGAUUUCUUCUGCAUCUGCAGGACGGUGGCGUGGGAGCAAACGUACGACAGAAACACCCCAAAUUCUGUCUGAACCUCCAACCAGACGGCACGUCUCCGGGAAAGAAAAUCAUUUUUGAACCUCGACAGCAGAGAUUUGAAUUAUUUUAUGUUACCUUUUAGGUCGAAGUUUACAACUGAAGUGGACCACGAAAUGUUUCCUAACUACCUGCAAACGUUGUUGGUUGUUAGAGCAGACGUGCAGUAAGCUUAUUAUAUAUAUAGUUUACCAACUUUUCCAACAUUUUUCAUACAGAUAACAAAACAUGAUACUUUGAUUUGCUGGCUUUUGACUACAAACACAUUUUAAAAACACAUUGGCCUGUUUUUUGGUCAGACAACUUUAGUCCUGACUGAAAUAUCUCAAAAACUAUUGGAUGGAUUGUCAUUAAAUAAAUUAACAUUUAUGUUUCUUAGAGGAUAAAUCCUAAUGCCUUUGGUGUAGGUAUGGCUGUCCCGAAUCAGGAUCUUUAGGGUCUUUUUUGAAAUUGAUGCAUCUUAUAUAUAAUAUAUUAUUAUAAUUAAAGCUUAAUCCGACAAAAGAGUAAGUAAGCAAGGCUACAAAUCUGACAUUCUGCGCUUUUUAUUGGUUCUUCACAGUUUGAUACUUGACUCUUUUCUGCCUGCAGUAUGUCUAGAAUAUCACUGGGAUUAGUACACAUGAGAUUACAAGACCCAACACUAAAGGUUAUUAAAUUUAAUUCCUCAGGUCUAGUCACCACUUUCCUUUCUGUAAAUGUUUGCGUUGUUGCCUCGUGAGAGUGGUGACCUCCACAUCUGAACACUAAUCGCCUUUACGUCUGGUGCGAUUUAUGUCUUGUGCCUUUGAUUUAAUGUAACUGUUUGUAUAUUGAUGAUUAUUUUGACUAUUACUAUGAGAUAAUCUUCUCACCGAGAGGCAAAUAUUUUACAACCUUUUUUUUUUUUUACUGUAUUUGUUCGGUUUGUAUUUAUUGACAAUAAAAGUACAUUAAAACACUGA